AGAGAGAGAGAGAGAGAGAGAGAGAUUCUCUUUCUACGGUGCAACCAUGUUCAAGAAAACAUCUUAUGGUGCACCACAAACGGUUGAAGCUGCCAGCAUGAUCUGAUCUUCAGACCCUCUCAUGGAAAAGUCAGAUCAUGCGGCAGUUUCACCCGUUGAUGGGGGCACGAAAAAACCCUAAUCCUUCCCUACUUUGCUUUUCUAGGGUUUUCUCAAGAAACCCUAGAAACCCCGCAAUAGCUGAAGAAACCACAAGGGUUAUGUUCUUCUCUUUUCUGCUACGCGGGUGGAGUUUUCCAGACAAAUGUCACAUGCUUGUCCAUAUGUGGGAUCUGGGACGUUCAUCGUUUGUUGCUCUGUACAUUCGUCGCCCACCUGAUGAAAUGACCACCUGGAUCUUUGGGUUGAUGAAUGGUCACCAAGGGGACCACGCCAUGGAACAAAUGACCAGACAUGAAACAGAAGUGUUAAAUGAUGGUACACAACAAACAUAGGUGGGCCAAUCGCAGAUACUAGAGCAAAUAUGAAUUCCUCAUAUUUGGAGCUGGCAUGUACUUAUAUUUCUCUGUCUUCUUAUUCUUUUUUGGGUUAUGAAAACAAGGAAGUUAUUUGAUACUCUGGCAUAGGUUGAUGGUUCAUAUGCAUGCAGUCAAAACUGUACAUGUGGCAAGCAUGAGAAAGGUUAAAACCGUCCAUGCAUAUUCAGGGGACCGAUUUAUAUAGGUCAUAAUACUAAUAAAAUUGAUUUAACGGUUUUAGAUCAA